UCACUAGUAAUGGAUUACCACUUCACUGCUGAGGAAUUGGCGGCUGCUUCAGGGAUUGAAGAUGAAACUUUCCCCGAGAUGGGCUCCAUAGAAAGUCCUCCAGAGUCUUACAGCAGCCCCAUAAGUCUCUGGUCCAGUCCUCCUCCUCAGAAGUCUGAAGAGCAGGAGGUGAAGUGGCCUCACACAGCAUCUGUCUUUCCUGAAGUGACUCGGGUCUAUGACGGACCUUUGAACGGAUCAGUAGAGUCAGAUACGUGUCCUGAAGCUUCACAUUCUGGGAUUUGCACCCUCAGCGUAGCAGAGUUUCUCGAAUCCAGACCGAGUCCAGACAGAGAGCUGAGAACAGCUGAGGUCAAUGAGUCCAGAAUCGUGCCUCUGACUUACCCCACGCCAGAUUUCUCGAAUGUAAAGCCCAAGGUCCGUCUCCCCAAAGGCGAUUACAAGCCCCCUGUGAGCAGAGGCUCCUCCAGGAGGGAAUCCCUGUCCUUCGACACAACGUACAUGUCUCCUGCUGACAUUGUGAGGGAAGUACUACUGAACACCUCUGACGGAUCCUCUGACCCAUCUGCCCCCAACUCCAAUGUGCCUCAGGACUUCAGAUCCCGACAGGAGGCCAUCACACUGGUCGAGCAGCUACAGGAGGACCACAACAGACUGCUGGUUGAGCACGCUGAGGCGAAUAACACCAUUGAUGUUCUGCAUCUGAAGGCACAGAUGCAGUCACGACUGAGCCAGGACACCUCAAAGGUCAUGACCCUGGACUUUCCUCGGGCUCAGAGAGCAGAGAUCAACUCAGGUUCUCUUCAUCCAGACGGACACCGCGCUCCUCCAAGCCCCUACCUGGGAGAGCAGCUGGCCAAGAUUCUCGACAUCCAGACUGACGAGUUCCUCCAGCAGCUGCAGAUUUAUGAGGAUCUCCUGAAGAGAAAACAGCUCAAACCUUCUGAACAGAUGAAGGGCCUCUCACAGCUUAACGAGGGGCUCGACUCUUUAGAAAGGGGGUUCCUGUUUGCGAGGGACGAGCACAAACUCCUGCAGCAGAAAGGAGAAGUGGCCGGCUACUUUGACCAACAACGAGAGCUGGGGGGGCUGAUCUUCCAGUGUGGAAUGCGUAUGGAUGAGCUGAAGGAGCAGGCGGAACAGAUGAGACAGGACCAACCCACCUGUGAGGCUCCUCCCUCUCCACCUCCUCACCCCACCCCUUCAUCUGUUCCCUCUGAAGAUUGGAGAUGGAGUCUCCCACAGAGCCCACUUGUGCCUCUGCUGGUGGAUCCAGGAAGAGCAGCAGAGCUGGAGGUGAGCCCAGAGAGUGACGAUGAGGAGACGGACGACGAAGAAACUCUGAAUUCUCUGUAUUUCAAACCUCUGACUGUAAAACACAGACGCAGCAGAACACUUUCUCAGGAUGGUGUCAUCUCUCCAGAGACGGACAGCGGGUUUUUUGGUUCAGAAAGCUGCCGUCUGACUCCCCCAGCUGGCCCCAGUCCUCUCCACCAGGGGGCGUCACAGAGCGAUUUAGUCCAUCAGGACGGGAACACAAGGAAACCUCAGACAGUCUCAGCAUCGUCUCCUCCUUCCUCACCGAUACACCGACUCACAGGUGCAGAGUCCAGAGGGGCCUCCUGGGCCCUCAGCCCCGAACAGACGAGCAGAGGCAGACAGAGGAGGCGCAGCUCCUCCUGCUCCCCACAGCGCUGGGUCAGUCAGACAGAGAGAACCAGGGCCGGCAGAGGAGCCAGACUGGAGAGCGACAGCAGUGAGUCUCGCACUGUGUCUGAGGACGGACAUAGUGACCGGUCCUCCACCACUGCACCGCGUCACCAUGGCAACUCUCCCAGAGCUCUUUUUAGCAAUGCACCAAGGACUCUGGAGGCCCAGGUCCCCCGACUGGAGGAGACAGUGCAUGGCCUGUGGAAUCAGAAAACUCCUGUGAGAUUCUCAUCUCUAGAGAACCACACUCACCUCUACACAUCCACACCUCGCAGCAGGCCUGAGGAGAGAUGUCAGAGUAACGUCAUGAAGGGAAGUAGAGAAAGACAAAUGGCUGAAGAGGUGGAGGAGUGUAUACUGAGACGAAUGGCCAGAGAGAGAUCACCCUGUGUGGACAGACGACCACCACAACGUGUCAUCUUUGCAGGUUCAGAUCCGGAGACCUUUACAUCGCAGCCUCAGCCUCGGAUAUCCAGACGCACUCAAACAUCCUCUGCAGCACCAGGCAGCUGCUGCUCACACACAAAUACUGUCCAGAGCAAUGAAACACACCCCAGUCCAGCUGGUGGCAGCAGCGAGUCGACCCCCUCCUCCUCCUCCUGCUCUCGUCACUGUCCUCUCUGUGGAUGUCUUCAGCCGAACAGAGACACUAAGACAGACUGUGACAGAGACUCCGCCCCACGCACAAGCGGCCAAUCAGCCGAGUCCCCGGACAGAAUGGGGAGGAGAGGAUACCACGCAGCUCCUGAGCUGCCGCAGUGCAUGCUGGUCCGCUCGCCACUUCUCAUGUCCUCACUGCCCAUCCACGUGUCACCUAGCAACAGCCCCGGCACAUCCUCAGGGGUCAGAGGUCACAAGGUGGCGAGGGGGAGGAUGAGACGCUCCAGGUCUGUCGAUGGGCAGAGCUCCCAGGAUGUCUCUCUGAACAUCUUUCUGGACAAAGCCAUCCGAGUGGCUCAACACAUGAAGCGGACCACCAGACACAUGGCUCGCUCUCUGUCCGCUGGGAUACAGUUUCAGGAACGGCGGACUCAGUCAACUCUGCAGACGCUGAUCACAACUCACCUCAGAGACGGAGCAACGAUAACUCACUAGACUGGGUUCAGCUGCAGAGACACGAGCUGAAUGAAGGACGUCAGUAAAUAAGAAUCGAAAAGAAUCUGACAUCUUCCUCAUCUUUGUGAAUUCUCUUUGGUUUCAACCUUUAGAGAGAAUUUGUUGAAGCUUCUUUGUUUUUAAAUGUUAUUUAAGGCAACAUUUAAAUCUCAAACAUGAACACCGACACACAGCUGCAGAUAUGUCCAAGUCUGUAUUAACAAAUUAGUUUUAUUUUAAAGCCAGUUCAGGGUUCAGGCUUAUGAUUAUUGGGAGGACUUGAUCAUUUGGUCUUAUUUCACUGUUAAUAAAGUUGUAAUAGCGAUAAUAAGCAGAAUGGGGAGUGUGGCCACGUCUGGGUCUGGUGUCUUCCAUUCUGGGUCUUUGUCCUAAGAGUUGGAGGUUCCAGAGUAUGAAUACAUUUUUAUUUAGGAGCACCAAAGGGUUCGAUUUCUGCCCUCUUCCUCCGCAUCAGGCUCCUUUGAUGACGGAGAAGAUGAGUCUUCCCUGUCAUCAAAGGAGCCUUCUUCAUGCAGAAGAGCUGGAUUCCAAGACAAACCCACAACUACAGCUUCAUCCUAUAGAACACAGUUUAGGUCCUCAGCAUCAGAGAUUUCAGACUCCUCAUCCUGUUCUUCGUACAGCAUCUUUAUGAACAUGUCAACCGUAAGACCAGCCAUACUAACACUCUGGAUAAAGAAAAUUAAAAGCAUAUUUUCAAAUUCAUAUCAAUCAGUCUAUUAGGUAUAUACUGUUAUAUUUCGAGUUUUAUUUCGUUGAUCCAGCUAUGCUUAGCUACCCAGAAAAGAAGCUAGCUAGCUAGCUAGGUGUUCCGUAGUGAAUAUCUUUUUUCACAUGGACAAUUUACCAUGUGUGUAAAAGUGAUGUAGAAUUUACGUUUGUUUAUAAAGUAAGAAAGGAAAAAGGAAAAUAAUGAUUUGUGGUAAUCAAAAACAAGAUAUUUAGUGAAUACUAUUAAAUGAUAAAAUACAUUUAUUUCGUAGCAAAGAAACACUGGAACUGAAUACGGGUCAUUUUUGAAUUAGAAGGGUAGUGAACACAGGACAAAUUUAAAUAAGGAUCAAAAACAAGUUAAUUGGGGAUAUUUAGAGAAAAGUUUGUUUUACAAAUUUCUACACGCAUUUUAUUCAUCGGUAUGAACACUUAACCUUUCUAUGACAAGAAGUGAGACCUAUCACUGAUCCAUAAAUGAAAGUAUCGACAUGUGACAGUAGUUUGUGUGGCAGAUUUUAAAAUUCUGUUGUAAAGGAAAAAAUCCCCAAGAUGCUAAAUUCAGCUAUAAGCAGGUGGGCUAAUAAUUAUAGUUCACGUAGGUCAUGAUGUGUUUACGCGUGUUCUAAUGUUUCACGUUGAACCUGUACUCUGAGCCUCCAAAGCACUCGGUGCAGUCAGGACCGAGCCACGACUCCUCAAAGGUCGUGACCCUGGACUUUCCUCAGGCUCAGAGAGCAGAGAUCAACUCAGGUUCUCUUCAUCCAGGCGUACAAUGGCCCCAGCGUGGAGGAGAAGCUCCAUGAGAAGGCUUCUGUCGUACUGGUUAGGAUAGAAACUUAUCAGUAUGUCCUGGACGGUGAAGUGCUCACCAUUACUGAGCAGAUGAGGGGUCUCGAACAGCUUCAAGAAAAGCUUGACGCUUUAGAAAAGCUUUACAUGGUUAUAUUUAAAGAGCAGAGAGGGAGAGCAGGCAGCCCAUUCGACCAUAAUAGGGAGGUGGACGCGCUGAUCUACGAGUGUGGACAGAGUUUGGAUGAGCUGAAGGAGGAGGUGGAACAGAUGAGACAGGAGCAGCUCACCUGUGAGGCUCCUCCCUCUCCACCUCCUCAUCCCACCCCUCCAUCUGCUCCCUAUGUAGAUGGGAGAUG